GCGGUGGCGGUGGAGCCUGGGAGCGAGGUACCCGAACUUGGAGCGGGGUCUGCUGGGUUGACUUGGGGGGCCAGGGGUCGCUUGUCACCGUGGGCUCGGUGGGGGCUGCCACUCCAGGGCCAGUGCCUGUGUCCACGGAGGGCUGGUGCCGGCUCGCGGGAGUGGCAGGAUGUCUAGGCUUUGGAAAGUUGGGUCCUGGCCUGUUUAGGCCCAGGGGCGGGGACAUCUCAAAUUUGUUUUGUCCUCUGCUUAAAGACAGCCCACCUGUCAUUGGAAGGAAACUGAAACCUCUUCUGGCCGCCCCGGUGACAGGGGCACAGAAUUUGAGACCAGAGGGAGAUGCACUGAGGUUGGCUGUUCCCUUAAAGGGCCACUCAGAAGGGACCGCCAGGAAUGCCUGGAGUCCCAUUCCAGCCACUUGGAAAUGAAAAGGUUUGAUUUUCAGUUAAAAGAAAUGAGGCAGAAAGAAGUGUUAGCCAAGACCUUCCAAGGCCCAGCUGCUGUCUGUCGGACUCCAAACAGUCAUGUUUACAUGUUCAAGCAUGGCAGCGGGGACUCCGGGGACUCCUCCGAGGAAGAGUCACAUCAGGUGGUGUUACGACCCCGGGGCAAGGAACGCCAGAAGAACAGCAGCCAACCGCCAGGAACGGGCACCAUGGUGCUGCUGCAGCGGGAGCUGGCCCAGGAAGACAGUCUCAAUAAGCUGGCUCUCCAGUAUGGCUGCAAAGUCGCAGAUAUCAAGAAAGCGAACAACUUCAUCAGAGAACAAGACCUGUAUGCUCUGAAAUCGAUCAAGAUUCCAGUGAGAAAUCAUGGGAUCCUCACAGAGACCCACCAAGAACUAAUGCCCCUUGGGGCCUCCUCUUCCGAGACCGGGGUGACCCUGGUAGAACUGCCCGAAGAUGGAGAUGCCUCUGGGGCAACUGCUCAGGGCAACCAGCUGACAGAGUUCUUCAAGGGCAUCGAUGAGAACAUUGAGCGGGCUGUGCAGUCUGAUGUCUUCCACAGUGACGGCUGCUGUGUGGAGGCCCCGGAUCAGCCGCUGCUCCCCAUACCCCAGAAGCCAGCAGCCUACGGUGCGGACUGCGGGAUUCAGUGGUGGAAUGCCGUCUUCCUUAUGCUUCUCAUCGGCAUUGUGCUGCCAGUGUUCUAUCUCGUCUACUUCAAAAUACAAGCCACCGGGGAAACCUCAGAUAGUUUGAACGCAACUGUUGUCCCCAACGGCUCGAUGACACUGAGCCCAGUUCCAGGGCAAGCCCCCAGGUUGGCAGUUGCAGUGCCUACCCUCCCCGCUUCAGACAACCAGGGCAGCCCAACCACUGAAGCAGGGGCCUAGGUCCAUUCUCUUCCUAGAGUUGUCAGGCUUUGACAAUUGGCCCUUGAUGUGUGUAACUGUCGCCAUCUGGUUGCAGACGGCAUUGCAUCUUGCUUCCUGAGAUGUGUGGACACCGUGGCAAUCUGGAUUGUAUAGACUGAGGAAUGGCUUGGCCUAAUCCAAGGACGCAGGAGCCCAGACAUCUACCGCCCCAGCAAGAGAGACAUUGACAUGGAACUCGUGGCCCUUUCUUGAAGAUAUGUAGGGACCUGCGGUGAGCGCCUGGACAGCCAUUCUGUGCAGGCUCCUAAGGAGAAGUUGAUGGGAUCUGCGGUAUUACUGCCCCCCGGUGUUGGAUGGGGUCAAAUGACUGUCACAGUGUCCCUGCCUGCUAAGGGGAAAGGUGGGCUCAGAGACAUGCCCUGUGUCUAGAUCAAGGUGCUAUAUAGUAUGUCACUGAGUUUGUCACAGUUGACAGCCUGACAGGUUUGCCUCACUUGGCCCCACUGAGGCAGUGCUGCUUCAGAAGUGAGGAAGCCCCAAAUCCAAACUGCCAUCCUUGGAUUUAAGCUACACCUCCCAGAGUCAGGCCAGGCGCCUCUCUGGGGCAGCUCCCCGGAUCCUCCCAGUUGGUAUCUGGGUUGUAGCUGUUACUAGCAAGUGGUUUGAAGGGAUUGCAUCCACCAUUAAGGUUCCAACACAUGGACCUUGGAAGCAAACUGGUUGCCAGCCCAGUGUUGUCAAGAACAGUGGAUCUCACCCCAACCCCUACCAUGAGUGCCCCUUCCUGCUGCCUCCUUGAUUCAUCCAUUCUUUGGGUCCUUAGAGCAAACUUGCAGAUGCUGUAUCUCAGUCAGCUUUCUGUUACUGUAACAAAAUCUCCAUUGAUAAAGGUUUAUCUUGGC